UAGGCACCGGGGCGCGAGUGGGGGCUCCUCCAGUUGGUUCAGUGAUCCCUCCCAACAGCUCCACGGAUGGCAUCCCCCUAAACCCGCUAGCUGGAGAACCACAAUGCAAAUAUACAAAACAACUUAUGUUUUGGAUUGGUUCGCUGAUUAUAGCAAUUUCCUGAAAAGGCGAAUGUCCCCAAAGCUGUGAAAAGGCACGAGAGAGGAUAACACGGAAGAAAACACACGGAGAUCGUUAACCUCGCUAGGUAACGAUAACGAAAAGAACAAAGAUGCCUGAGGUCCGGGACCUUUCUGAAGCAUUGCCAGAGAUGCACAUGGACCCAAUCACUGGAGUGGGAGUCGUAGCCUCCAGGAACCGGGCCCCCACUGGAUAUGAUGUGGUUUCUGCAACAACAGACGGCCUGGAUGCUGACCUGUGGAAAGAUGGCCUUUUCAAAUCCAAGGUGACGCGCUACCUCUGCUUCACCAGGGUCUUCUCUAAGGAAAAUAGCCAUUUGGGCAAUGUUCUUGUGGACAUGAAGCUGAUCGAUAUAAAGGACACUCUGCCUGUGGGGUUCAUCCCCAUCCAGGAGACUGUUGACACCCAGGAGCAGGCCUUCAGGAAGAGGCGUCUCUGCAUCAAGUUUAUCCCACGGGACUCCACAGAGGCUGCCAUCUGUGACAUCCGGAUCCUUGGACGCUCCAAGCAGGCCCCCCCACAGUACACCUUUAUAGGGGAGCUUAACAACAUGGGGAUCUGGUACCGCAUGGGGAACGUCCCUCGGGCCCAGGACUCCACGCACACACCAACCACCAACAGCGUCCACACCGUGACCUCGUCCUCCAGCUCGGCGCCUGUCCCAGCCGCUCCCAUGCUCAAACAUAUUUCCAUGACCCUCCCAGCCAGCUUCAGAGGGAAGAACACUACCAGGCCAGACUACGAGCACCAGAACUCCAACCUGUAUGCUAUCUCAGCGAUGGAUGGCGUGCCUUUCAUGAUCUCUGAGAAGUUUGCCUGUGCCUCGUCUGAUCUGCAGCAGGUGGAUCUGAUGGGCAUUACUAUCAAGUCAUUGGCUGAGAUCGAGAAAGAGUAUGAUUACAGUUUCCGCACGGAGCACAGUGCAGCGGCCCGCCUCCCUCCCAGUCCAACCAGGACCUCCCUGAGCUCUGAGGCCUGAGGACACCGGCCCACAGGAGAGACCUGUACACCACUAAUGAGCACCUGAGAGGAGGAAACCACAACAGCAAAUAUGUCAUGGUCUCCAUGUGUUAGUUGUACUGUUGAAUUGUAAAGUAAAGUGAAACCACUGAGAGCAGACCGAAGCAGAACCCUGAGGGAUUCUGUGUGAAACCACUAUGUCCAACAUGGAUGAGCUGGCUUUUUAAUGGCAAUGGAAUGACCCAUUGUUGGACAAAACAGACCUUUCUUGAUCAAGGAAAAGUGAAAGGACUCUCACUCAUCAGAUUUAUUUUCCCUAGACUAUGGUGAAGUGUUGUUGCCAGACACCACGCCCAGCCUGAAGAUAAAGCAUGAUGGAGGCCGCUCUGACCAACAUGCCAUCAUGCUUCCUUGUUCCUGGCCCAGCUGCUGCUCUGUGAUUGGCCAGGCCCGGCACCACAGGGCCUAUCCUCCCAGCUCAUGUGUUGGAAAUGUCAUGUUAUGGGAUUUAGUUUUUAAGCUUGUACUGCAUAUCUUGAUGAGGAAUGAUGUCAUUGUUCUCUAGAUGUUACUGUAAUAUAGCGGUUUGGCUGUCAGUGCACUCUGUGUUUUUAGUCAGUGUGCUUCCUGUUUGCCACAGGUGUUCCUCACACAUACUGUACCACUGUUCUCUUCCUGUGAUCAGUUGUUUAGGGCUGGUACCAACACCAGAACAACACCUUACUAUGUAAUAUAUAAACAUUUUUAUUAUUUGAUCUGAAACCCUCCUCCUUCACAUGGUGAUAAAAGGCUUCCACAUGUACGGUGAGGCACAGUGACACACUGGGACACAGCUGCAGAGAGUUACAUAUGUAACCAGGGUUCUGUGAAUUCUGUCUGGCUGCUAUUACUCUAGCUGCUGCAACUGGAUCCAGUCUCCAGUUUACCAUCCACGUAGAGCAUCUACUACAAACGGGUAUCAGAAACUGCCAUGAUCGUAACAACGUUGAGCGAUUCUGAAAACUACCGUUACCACUAGAAUCAUCUCGAGCCUUUGGGAAAUUGUGUUGGCGAAAACAGAAAUGUCAAAUGAAAUGCAGUAACCCAAACAGCAUUUCUUUUUAAAUGACCAUCCUUGCCAACAGUUUUUGAUCAGUUGGUACCACAGAAAGAUUUGAGGGUUGAUACCCAGCCCUGGUUUCUUUGCAUCAUCACAACUGUCUUCACUAUUUUGAUUUACUUUUCGAAGUACAAACUGAAAGAUGUUGCCAAAAAAGUGCUUUUUUUCCUUGAGCACAAAAGUGUUGAGCCUACGGUGCACAUGUAUCCUCUGUAACAAUAGCAGCUCUUUAUUUCAGCUUCCCUUUUAAACUAACUUUUCCUUUAGCUUGAAUCUGUUUUAGAAGUUGGAUCUUUUUAAUUAGCAGUUUUAUUUUUGACCAAGUACAGUUCUAAUGAUACUCUUGGAACCCUGACUUUUAACCCCAGUGUGUGUUAACCAGCAACACAAGCACUGCCAAACUUUCUUGGAUGGAACAAUUCGGAGGAGUCGCCGUGGGCAACAACCAGUCCUUCAGCAUUGGAAAUGUUUCAAAUGACUUAUGAUUUGGUUCAGGAACCGGCUCCAACACUGGCUCCUCAUUGGUGAAUAAUCUGUGAACUAAAGGUUUCUUGUAAAGUUUAAUUUUUACUUUGAAGGGAUUGUAUCAGGGGAAUUCCUGUAAUCCAGUCUUUGAUUUGAUCCUUCAAAAUCGACAGUACAGGAUCAACCGCUGAUAUUUUACACAUUCAAGUCGUCAGUGCUCUCUGCUGGACAAACUUUCCAAAUUACCUCCCACAUACUGUAUAUUUGACAUUUCUGUGAUAAUGUUUCUUGUUGCUGACGGGCUAGUCUCACAUGUCCAGCUCUACCACCACAGCGCUGUGGAGCAAGGUCUGGCUACGCCACAGGUGCAUUCUGGGAUAGGACAAAGAAAACGAAAAGAACCAAAACUUUUCGACAGUGUGUAAUUUGCUAGCUCGAAAUGUGCUGCUGUUUCCCGAAGAGAGCAGAGUUUGAGAACAGAAAUACACAGAGAGAGGAAUGGGAGGGACAUUUCUCGGAGGAAAUGACCUGUCCUUAAUCCAGACGACUUAAGGACAAACAUAUGCGGAUACUGAAGUACCAGAAAUUCUUAAAUACUGUCCAGGGCCUCAGCUCCGUGUUUUACACAUUGUGUGUAAUCAUAUAUUUCUUUUUCAGAUGUUUUAAUGCAAUCUCAAACCGUCCUCCAUGUAUUAUUCAUACUCCCUGCUGCUUUUCGUGCUGAUUUAGCUGUUAAGCUACUGUCAGUGAAACGCAACACUUCCUGCUGAUGUUUCAGAUUAAAAGAGUGCGUGUUGCUCAAGAGGACACAGCUCUUCCCAUCCCCAGCAGGCCUUCAUGUAGACGUUAGAACAUGUCCUCUGUGUGGAUGCAGUAUUGUGUUGAGUAUGUUUUUAUUUUGCUUUUUCACUCCAUUUGUUCCAAGUGUGUCUGCAAUAUUACCAAGUCAUUAAUGCAUGGACUAACUCCUUAUUUUAUACUUUUUGUCUAAUUUAUUAGUCAUGUCAGUAUUGUGACCAUGUUGUGCUAACAGCUGUGAAAUGUGUCACCUGCUCUGCUGACAUGUCCAUGUGAAGCUCUGUGUACUGUCUGCAUUAACAACCAAUAGCAAGCCUGCUUUGCUAUGUCUGUUACUCUGCAUGGUGACAUGAGGUGUCACGUUUCAAUAGGUCAGUUAUUUUUGUAGCUUAUUGAUCCCAGGUUUAGUCUCAUAAAUAGGAUUUAUUUACAAAAAAAUGAACAAAACGGCAUCAGUUGAAUUAGUAUUAUAAUGAAGUUUUAUUAAACGUUGAUGAACUGAA